AUGGUAGCGAGGAAACCAUAUCUCGGUGCCCACCGGAAGCUGGUGCUCGCCUUCGACAUAGGUACCACCUUUAGCGGCGUCAGCUACAGUAUCCUGGAUCCCGGGGAAAUCCCAAAAACACUUGGAGUGCAUCGCAAUGUAGAUUUCCCGGACAAGAAGCGAACGCUGGCGAUUCAAAGAUCCCGUCUGUGCUAUGCUCGUGCGGUUGGCGCACAAGCACAACUUCCACAGGUUGUCGAUCAGGCGAUCACAGAGGAAUGGAUGAAGGUAGAAUGGUUCAAGCUCCAUCUACGACCAGUGACGGAGGUCCUUCCCUCGGACAGAGAAGCCCAACGUUACAGUCGUAUGGCCCCUCUUCCCGAGAGAAAGACCAUCAUCGAUAUACUCGCAGACUUCAUGAAGUAUCUCUACAGUUGUACCCGUACUUACGUCAUUGAGACACACGCAAGCGGCAGUAUCAUCUGGGCGUCUCUCGAGGGGCCAAGCCAGUCUUCCAAAGUCCCGAGGAGGCAUCCUAUAUCAGAUUCGGCUCGAUGCGUGAUAAAGACUUGGCAUAUGGCAUACGAAAUGGUCAACUGA